GAACCAAACACAUCCUAACUACCGACUGUCUUGACAAAAUCACGACGUUCCGAUCCGAUGCGCUAAACGUAGGCAUCGCCGAAAUUGUUUGAUUGUUUUUUUCAUGGUUUUGUAACUUUUAUCAGCUUCUUCUCUCCAAACCAGAUCAUUUCAUUUUCUCCAUAACCAAUCCUUUUUCGGAUUCUAGUUGUUGGGUAUUUUGCAACGACGCCGUCUGGUGCACUCUCCCUCUGGUUCAUGGGAUCCCCGUUGAUUGGUCUAUAGGGCGCGGCUGUUUCAGAUCCUAACCACGUUUAUUCAAUGGCUUCGUGGCUCAAAGCCGCAGAAGAUUUGUUUGAAGUUGUAGAUCGAAGGGCAAAGCUGGUUGUCAGUGAGUUGGCUGACGAGCAAUCUGAUUCUCAAUCUGCAGCUUCUAAUGGGCAAGGAUCUCAUGCCAAGAGGAAGUCAAAGACCAAGUCCCAAAAGAAAGUCCCCAGAAUUGAAUCAGAUACUUCACAGGAUCAAACUAGUGCGUUGAUGCCACUAGUAGAUGUGAAACCCCAAAAUAAUAUGGCUGUUCAAUUAGUUGAAAAUGAUGGGACUCCUACUAUAUCUGUCGCCCAAACAAACAAUGUCCAGGAGCACAAUAUUGAAAAAGAUUCCCCUUUGGUAGGCAUUCCUCUAACAGAGAGACCGGUAAGUGAUGUGAUUGAAAAUAACGACCACCAUAUGGAAGUUCCCUCAAUUCUUACAGAUGUGGAAGCUGUCUCUUCAACUUCAAAUGAUGAGCUUGUCAAUGAGAAUGCUUCAGAUGUUCCUAAAGAGCAUCCCCUUUUGUCAUUACCUGCCGAAAAAGUUGAGAUUUUUAAUGAAGAUAUUCCAAAUGAUGCUAGCCAAAGUAUCAAAUCCAGAGACACAGAUGUUAUGUUGAAGAUUGACCUAGAGAGAUCUCAAUCUGUGUCUACUGAUUUCCCCAGUAAUAGUGAUACUCAAGUGAAAGAUGCUGAUAUCAAGGUUGAACCUCUCGUUGAUCAAAAAAGACAACAGGAGCUUAAAGUUGAUGAUUCUCAAAUGAAAGUGCAAGACCAACUUGAUGAGGCUCAGGGACUGCUUAAAACUACAGUUUCCACUGGUCAGUCUAAAGAGGCAAGGCUAGCUCGGGUCUGUGCCGGACUUUCAUCCCGUCUUCAGGAGUACAAAUCUGAGAAUGCACAGCUUGAGGAACUUCUUAUUGCUGAGAGAGAGCUGUCUAAAUCAUUUGAGGCUCGUAUAAAGCAGCUGCAGCAAGAUCUAUCUGAAUCCAAAAGUGAAGUGACAAGAGUAGAGUCAAAUAUGGUUGAGGCUUUGGCGGCAAAAAACUCUGAAAUUGAGGCACUUGUCAGUUCUCUGGACGCAGUUAAGAAACAAGCUGCCUUGUCGGAAGGAAAUCUAGCUUCAUUGCAGGCAAACAUGGAGUCCAUGAUGAGAAAUAGGGAACUAACAGAGACGAGGAUGAUGCAAGCUGUGCGAGAGGAGCUGGCUUCUGUGGAACGGAGAGCAGAAGACGAGUGUGCUGCACAUAAUGCUACCAAAAUGGCUGCUAUGGAAAGAGAAGUGGAAUUGGAACAUAGAGCAGUUGAGGCAUCCACAGCCCUUGCAAGGAUCCAGAGAAUAGCAGAUGAGAGGACAGCAAAGGCAGCCGAGCUUGAGCAGAAGGUGGCAUUGCUUGAGGUUGAAUGUACAUCUUUAAAUCAAGAGCUGCAAGACAUGGAAGCUCGUGCUCGUCGUGGACAAAAGAAGUCGCUGGAUGAGGCAAAUCAAAUGAUUCAGAUGCAGGCAUGGCAGGAAGAAGUCGAACGUGCACGCCAAGGUCAGAGAGAUGCUGAGGGCAAACUUUCUUCUUUGGAGGCUGAAGUGCAAAAAAUGAGAGUAGAAAUGGCUGCAAUGAGAAGAGAUGCUGAACAUUAUUCACGUCAGGAGCACAUGGAGCUAGAGAAACGCUACCGUGAACUAACUGAUCUACUGUACUACAAGCAAACACAGUUAGAGGCCAUGGUUAGUGAAAAAGCUGCUGCAGAGUUUCAAUUGGAGAAGGAAAAAAAGCGCAUUCAAGAAGUACAGGUAGAGGUUGAAAGGAGUAGAGUGUCCCGUAGGGCAUCAACAACUUGGGAAGAAGACACUGAAAUUAAAGCACUCGAGCCUCUCCCCAUGUAUCACCGCCAUAUGGUUGGGGCAAGCCUACAGUUGCAGAAGGCUGCAAAACUAUUGGAUUCAGGGGCUGUCAGGGCUACUAGAUUUCUCUGGCGGUACCCGACAGCUCGAGUUAUCCUGCUUUUUUAUUUGGUAUUUGUACAUUUCUCCUUGAUGUAUCUGUUGCAUCGUCUUCAGGCACAAGCAGACAGUUUUGACGCUAGAGAAGUUGCAGAAUCUAUGGGACUUACGAACCCUACCUUGCCAUGAUUGGUGUAGCUGCAGCAGGUGGAAAGCCGAUGCAACUCAUUUCUCUUUUGCAAGGGUGCAUUUUCACAUUCUUAGACAAGCGUGGAUUUGAAAAUAUAAAAAAAGAACGUGAGAUUUUUGUUGGUCGAUUCGUCCUGUCACAAACCAUCAUCCAUUUUAGAAAUAGUUGAUCCAUUGGUUGGAUUUAGUAGACUGAUUAAGAAGAAGGGAGACAGUUGGCUGUAUGGCGAGUUGGCGACGGAUGGAUCCGCAGGCAAAUGUUGAAAGAUCACAGAUUACAUGUAUCUAUAAUUCAUUGUAAGCCUCUUUGACACUGAAUUCAUAUUUGAAUGGAAAAAUCAAUCCUUGAUUCAUUCACU